AUGUCCCCUGCCGCUGAAAGUGAAAUUUGCCAUGGUUUGGAGCAUGACUGGUUACUUGGUAAACAUUACGACGAUGGCUAUUACUACGCCGAGAAGCAAAAAGUUGUAGAGAAAUUCAAACCUCCAUAUUCGAUCAUCCAAAAUGAUUUAUAUUGGGCACUUCCAUCUUCGUUUAAGGCUGGAGCCAACUUAAUCGUCUACAUCACAAGCCCAGUUUCCUUCAACAGGUUUGAAAUUAACCUUUAUGACUCUACAAAGGACGAUCUCCCGCCAAAUCCACCAGGAUCUAAACCUGUUAUGUAUCAUCUUUACUUUCGAACCGACGGGGAUUAUGCAGGCGUUGAUACAUACACACCGGGUGGAGGUUGGCAGAACAUUGGUUUAACAACAAAACCAAGUCCAGUGCAAUCUGGAAUAACUUACAAUAUAACAUUAGAAUCACACACAGAAUUCAUCAGGACAAUUAUAGACGGUAUUCCGUACUUCGAUCUUCCACAUGUCACUCCACCAGUCAAUGCUGCAACUCUGAGAAUACAUUGUUCUACGACCACGCCUCUUCUCGUUCAUAAUAUCACUAUGAAUGGCAUUGUUUGAAACCAUUGUCGCGUAUAUUUUCUAUAUAUUCAAACAAAAUGAAUGUCUUUAUUGAUCUUCUCAUGUAGUAUUUCAUUUUUUAGGGCUGCAUUUAUCCACAUUUUUGAUAAUACCGGACAGUCGAAAAAUACCGGCUAUUAAGGACUUAAUACGGAUUCAAGGUAACUUGAUCACGUGCUUUUAAAUGAAAAUAUAAUCUUUGAUAUUUUUGGGCAAUAUUGACCUUACACUCAUUAAUUUUGGUAGUGUCCGUAUUUUUAUGAUUUACCCUUACGUAGUUGCAAUUUCAAGUCUUCUGGUUUGUUUUCAUCAUUUGAUUUUUUUCUGUAUAUUAUACGGAACGCGGUUUGAUAAAGUUUCAUCAUUUUGAUAAAUACAUUUUUUUAUUAUUUUUUUAUUUAUUACAAUAUGUGAUAUUGUACAAUGAUUGACAAGCAUUCAUAAAACAUAAUGGUCAAAUUAAGUUUUGCAAAAUAUAUAAAAAGAAAUCAUACAGAAAAACAUAAGAAAAAAAUCAUUUGAUUCGAACCUACUUAUAACUGAAAGUCUUACACAUUGUCACCGAUGUUAAUAUGUCUAUUUGGUAUGCCGGUAAGUUAUACAAUUACCGUUUACCGUUUUAUCAUACGUUGAAAUCCGUUUGGUUUUCUUUGUAAUUACCGAAAAAAGGUCGUUUCAUAUUCAAAUGUCUCAAAACAAUAAUGUAAAACGAAUAUAUAAAUAUUGACAUCCAAAUGAAAAUAAAGUUUAUGAUUGAUAGACAUAAUGUACUUUCGGUUUCUACAAUCAUGAUAAUAAGUAUAUAAUGUACUGUUUACUAUUAUAUCAUUUGGGUUGACGUUCACUCGAUAUAUUGGAAGAAACAACUCCCAUCAUUAAAUUACUAUUUGUUUACAUUUUUUUUCUUAGCGUGAGUUAGACCGAAAUACCUUAUUCGUUACUUACUUGUGCGUCCGAGGUUCUUGUCCGAAGUUUGACGGAAAGGGCCGAGAAGUUGCGAUUAAAUAGCGGGUAUUAUUGUUUAGGUUUAUAGACCCAAUUUUCAUGAAUAUAUUCAAACUCUAUUUACAUCUUUAAUAUUUUAAGUGAAUAACAAAAAGUAAUUUACACAUUGCAAGCGGCACUUAUAAUCCACGUAAAUUACUAAAAAUAGGUUUUGUUGUUUGCUGGACUGCUUGUCGGUGGCCUUGUGUUGGAUCCUUAUUUUUGUUUGGGGAUUCGUUCAUUGAGCCAUUCGCCCUUUCUUUCAAUAUUUAUUAUAAAAAACUAUUGCAUAUUGCAUAUUUAUCCGAAAAGUGAACUACAAAAAUGUAUCUGAAAAUUGUAUACUAAUAUAAACAAACUGUAAGAUAUUCAUCCAACAUUUAGUCAGAUAUGUGUAUAAAUUAUGUAAUGAAUCCAAGACCUAGAAGUACAACUGCAAGUACCAAAACCGAACUCAAACAAAACAGAACUAGUUCAUCUUCGACGA